AUGCAUAUUCUAGAUAAAGAAUUUACAAUUCGAACCAAAUGUGUCGUCAAUGCUACCGGUCCAUAUACAGAUACAGUUCGACAAUUAGAUGAUCCAUCAUUACCUAAAAUUUGUCAACCAUCAGCUGGUGUUCAUAUUGUAUUACCUGAUUAUUAUAGUCCAACAAAUAUGGGUCUUCUUGAUCCAAAUACAUCCGAUGGACGUAUUAUAUUCUUUUUACCAUGGCAAAAACAUACAAUGGCUGGUACAACUGAUACACCUUGUGAAUUAUCUGAUUUUCCAUCACCGUCAACUGAAGAUGUUGAUUUUAUAUUAGGUGAAGUAAAACAUUAUCUUUCAUCUGAUGUACAAGUACGUCGUGGUGAUGUUUUAUCAGCAUGGGCUGGUAUUCGACCACUUGUUCUUAAUCCAAAUAAAAAAGAUACACAAUCAAUUGCAAGAAAUCAUAUUAUUCAUGUUAGUGAUUCAGGUCUUGUUACAAUUGGAGGAGGAAAAUGGACGACGUAUAGACAAAUGGCUGAAGAAACUGUUGAUCGAUGUAUAGAAUCAGCAAAUCUACAACCAAAAAGAGGUUGUGUAACAAAAGGUUUAAUGCUUAAUGGUGGUGAAAAAUGGACACCAACUUCUUAUAUUCGUCUUGUUCAAGAUUAUGGUCUUGAUACUGAGGUUGCUAUUCAUCUUUCACAUACAUAUGGUGAUCAAGCCUAUAAAGUAGCUGAUUUAUCAUCAUUAACUGGAAAACGAUGGCCAGUUAUUGGAAAACGUUUGCAUGAAGAAUUUCCUUAUAUUGAAGCUGAAAUAAGUUAUGCUAUAAAAGAAUAUGCUCGUACAGCUGUAGAUAUUCUUGCUCGACGUACACGACUCUCAUUUUUGAAUGUAAUUGCUGCUGAUGAAGCUCUUCCCAAUAUAAUACAAAUAAUGGCCAAAGAAUUAAAAUGGGAUGAAGAAAAACAAAAAGAAGAAACAGAUCGUGCUAAAAGAUUUUUAUUAGGUGAAAUGGGUCUUAAUUUAAAACGUGACAUGCGUCGUGAUGUACCAAUUAAUUUAACACGUGAAGAAAUGAGUUAUUAUAUGAAAUAUUUUCGUCAAAUUGAUGUUAAAAAUAAAGGAUUCUUAACAAUGACUGAUUUAAAACGACAUUUACAAGUAUCAAAUAAUGAUAUAUCUGAUGAUGAAUUUCGAAUAUUAAUGGGUGAAAUUGAUCAAAAUCAAAAUGGAAUUAUUGAAACAGAAGAAUUUCUUCAAUUAAUGAGUGCAAUUAAAUCUGGUGCAGUGUCAACGAGUCAUUUUGUGAAAGCUGCGCGAAUAGAUAAAAUCAAAAAAAAUCCAUCACCGGAACGAAGUGGUGGUGGUAUUUAA